CUCCAGAUGAACCGGCCCAUCCAGGUGAAGCCAGCCGACAGCGAAGGACGAGGAGAAGACAGGAAGCUGUUCGUGGGCAUGCUGGGGAAGCAGCAGAGCGAGGACGACGUGCGGCGGCUGUUUGAGAGCUUCGGGCAGAUCGAGGAGUGCACCAUUCUCCGAGGGCCUGAUGGGGCCAGUAAGGGCUGUGCCUUCGUCAAGUUCUCCAGCCAUGCCGAGGCCCAGGCUGCCAUCAACACCCUGCACGGCGGCCAGACCAUGCCGGGGGCUUCUUCCAGCCUGGUGGUGAAGUUCGCCGACACAGACAAGGAGCGCACUCUCCGGAGGAUGCACCAGAUGGCCGGCCAGCUCGGGAUCUUCAGCCCCAUGACCAUCCAGUUUGGCGCCUACGGGGCCUACACCCACGCUGUAAGUGAUAGCUGUGUAUGGCAGCAAAUGAUGCAACAGCAAGCCGCCCUCAUGGCUGCAACCCAGGGCUCCUACCUGAACCCAAUGGCAGCCAUCGCCGCAGCACAAAUGCAGCACAUGGCGGCAUUCAACGUCAACGGCCUCGUGGCGGCUCCCAUGACACCCUCAUCAGGCACCAGCACCCCCCCGGGGAUCAGUGCCGCUGCUGUGCACAGCAUCGCCGCGCCCCUCGGAGUCAACGGCUUCAGCGCCCUGCCCCCGCAGAGUAACGGGCAGCCUACCUCCGAGCCCAUAUACACCAACGGGAUCCACCCCUACCCGGCACAAAGUCCAACGGUGGCCGAUCCCCUCCAGCAAGCCUACGCUGGGGUACAGCACUACGCAGCAGCCUACCCAGCCGCCUAUGCGCCAAUCAGCCAAGCGUUUCCACAGCAACCAGCCAUCAUUCCCCAGCAACAAAGAGAAGGACCAGAGGGCUGCAACCUGUUUAUUUACCACCUUCCCCAGGAGUUCGGGGACGCCGAGCUCACGCAGAUGUUCCUACCUUUCGGUAACGUCAUCUCUGCCAAAGUUUUUGUGGACCGGGCUACCAAUCAGAGCAAAUGUUUCGGCUUUGUCAGCUUUGACAACCCGUCCAGCGCCCAGGCUGCCAUCCAGGCCAUGAACGGCUUCCAGAUCGGCAUGAAGAGGCUGAAGGUGCAGCUCAAGCGGCCAAAGGACGCCAACAGACCUUACUGACCUUGCUGCCGUCCGCGCCAGGAUGAAGGACCACAAAACCUUAUUUCCACAAGUGCAGUAUAAGUGCAAAGACUUCUUGCUCUGCUACAUAUCAUGAACAAAGGUUGAUCCCUUGGUUAUUCAGGAAAGAAACAGAAAAUCGGGCGACUGAAAAAAGGAAGCAGGUUUACUCUUUUUUUGCCUUCCCCCCUCGUCUCCCCUCCCUGAUUUUUUUCUUUAUUAUUUUUCUUUCACUCUACCUGGAGGAGGAGUUUACCAAGACUGAAUUUCUGCUGCUGAUUUUUGAGUCCGGAUGGAAGAUUGCAACACACAGACCAUGCACGAAGCACGUCCACUGGACACGGACGCUCACACAAGCACAGAAACACACACACGCACACCAACACAUGCUCAAGCACACACAGAGACACACGCACAGAGAGAGACACACACACACGCGCGUGCGCACAUAUUUGCGCGCUUAUGCUCUCCACAGCUGGCUGGCUUUUUGGUUUUUGUGCCUACACAGGUAUCUGAGAGCACUAACUGCUGGGCUUUCAGGGUGAGUUAUGCUCUGGACAAAAUGGACAUAGAAGAGGAGAAUCCAGGAUUAUUUACACACAUCAUUCCUUAGAAAAUAGGGACCAAAGGACUAAAUGCUUUUUAAAAGAUUAUAUAUAUAUAUAUGUAUGUAUGUAUGUAUAUAUAAUCUCCAAAUUCUCUUACCUUGUAGCUGCAAGUAUUACAGUUUAAUAGUAGUUAGAUUAAACAAACCAUUAAAUCAGUAUCCAGUGGCUGAAAUAUGGAUAACAGAUAAGAAUAAAGAGCUAUAAAAGUUAAGAAAAUAAGAUGUAAAAAGGAAUAAAGAUGAUUUGUUCUGGUAGCCAUUUGCUGUAACAGAUAGACUAGCAAAAGUAGCUUUGCAAUUUUUCUGGCAUUUUAUUUUGGUUUAAGGGGGAAAAAAAGAAGAAAAAAAAACUCGUUGGUCUUGUGUAAAGGUGAAAAGUUGAGUUUGGGCCAUCCCAGGCAGUCCUGGGUCCUCUCGGGCCAUCCCAGGCAGUCCUGGGUCCUCUCGGGCCUACCCAAGCAGACCUGGGUCAGGAAGGACGUAGAAGUUUGGCCACUGGAUACCUCGCGCAUUUCGGUGUUCAUCUCACCACAGCUAUCUGACAGCUACAAAAAGGAACUAUGAUGGGAACGGAGGAGAAGAAAAGCAGGCGGGGAGCAGACACUGCGACUUCCCACGUAGCUCAGUGUUCAAGCGACAAUCUACUGAGAAGACCGAGCGAAAAUGACACAGUGUGCUUCUGUUUUUUGUUAUUUUUUUGUACUUUGACAGGGAACGUGCCGUCAUGAAAUGUAUUUAAAACAAAAAAAAGAACAGAUUUUGCAAAGGAGUUCAUGGACAAUGAAGAGAAAAAAAAGUGUGAGAGUAGGAGUGACUUGAUAGCUACUGCAACUGCCAAAAGAGAGAGAGAAAAAAAAUUAGGAGCAGAACAACUCGACUGGCGUGGAGUUACGUAACGUCCAUGAGCCGGCAGAGGCCAACGGCAGACUUUUCGGGGCUUGAGAACUGGCGGAGCGUUGGGGAGCUGCAAGGUUGGGGGCAAACGGAACUCAACCUGGCAGAUCGAUCCACACCGGGGCCUUGACCUCUGACCUCUGCCACCCAGAUGACACAAUACCGGAAAGAGCAACAACACCAGACUGACAGCUUUUAGCACUAAUACCGCUUUGUCAUUGUAUACCUAUGCGGGAGCCCCACCACGAUCCCAACAACCAGCUUUCUUCACAUUUUCUAUAAUAAGCCUGUGGUAAGACAUUCUGAUGCUGCAUGAUGCAGAUUUAAUUCCAGCCUCCUGUAAAUCUAGGCCAUUCCAAAGCUGAGAGGUGGGAAAAUAACUGGACUCUGCCGUCUUUGCCAGACCGCGCACCGCAGUCCCUGGCCAACCUAGUCGCGGUGUCACAAUAUAAGAGUAUCGCUUCGAUGUAAGAAUGGUAUGUGCCGGCUACCCCCACCCCCAGGAAUGUCUCGCUUAAAAUGCUGUUAUUUAUUCAUGUAUGUGUUGGUUCAUCUUGUAUUUGGGAGAGUCUUAUUUAACCCUUUUGCCGAGGUCGGACUAGAGCUCAUAGGUGCCAAACCGUUUUGUUUGUUUUAUACUGGCAAGAAGGGUAGACAUCUCUCUCGAAUUGGGUCACCUUCAAAAAGCACCACGUAUAAAAAAAACAAAGAAAUUUUCCCUGCCAAACACCAGCGCACUUUGGGUCCUGCCCCCGGCGGAGGCAGGCUGUGGCCAAUCGGCGGUGGAGGGAAUGAAGCUUCAGUGUGGUCCAGAGCGAUGGGAGCAGAGGUAAAGCUGAUGUCAACUGCCUAACCCAAGCUGACCUCUGACCCCUAGCCCCUGAGUUGUGAACCUUCCCUACAUGGACGGAGAGGGAGGGGGUUGGUGCUUCGUCUCAGACUCCCUGGGACCAAUUCCAUGUGAGCUGAAGUCCGCGCGUCUUUUUCCGAAACGUGUCUGUCACCCAGACCGUGAUUCUCUCCACUGCCCACUCCCCAGCUGUGCACCUGCUCCUCCCUGACGAUUUCUGGAAACUCCUGAAACUUCCUCGCCAUUCCUGACCGCCGCAGCACUGCUGGAGAACCCGGGCGAUAAACUCAAACACAGUUACUGUGUCCCGGAAACCUCCGGGGGAAAAAAAAACGCGCUGCUGCAUGUCUUCUCCUAAAAGGUUCUCCUAACAUUAUGAUGCCUAAUAGUCUUUUAAGUUCUGUAUUUAUGAACAUUCCUCCUGUAUGUAUCCAUGGCUACUGGCAUUGAAGCGCCGCUGUGCUGUGUGUCAGGCCACCUCGCCUCCUGCCAGCUCGGGCCGGCGUAUCACCGCUGUUUCUCCCAUGGCCUUCGGAAGUUGUUGUAGGUUAGGGUCCAAUGGUUUAUCUAGCCUUUUUAAUCAAAUAUCCAUCCCUUUCACAUAUGAAUUCCUAACGGGUAAUUUCUUCCACUUUAUUACGCUCGCCAUCUCUCCCUCCCUUCCCCCCACUUUCCCUGUGAGACAUUUUGUAAAGCCAUAAUUAUAUACUUUGAAAAAUUGUGAAAUCAGCCAUGUUUUUUACAUGAGUACAAUUAUAAUCAAUGUGUCAUUGCUUCAGGCUAACGCCGCUUCCAAGUGACAGCAGAGGGGCUCGGCUGAAUUGCCACCUGAUGCUUUGACACCUGUGAUAUUUCCCCGUAAUCUCUGACAAUGCCUGCGAUACGGAAAUUAUUGAUGCCGGCUACGUACCUAAUGAGCAGAACCUUAUUUGUAAGCCCGUCCAGCCACGUGCAUAAGCUAGCCUUUCGGAAAUGAGGCGGACGCGUCUGGUCGACUCGUCCGGGGUGAUAACAGGGUGAGAUGAAUGUGAGAGAGUAUCUUUGUCUUCGGGAAAAUGAGCCCUUCAGCAUGCCUGCUGGUACGGGCUGUACAUGCUACUUUUUCCAGAUGAUAUUGGAUUGUUCGGAGAUACCAGUGCUAAAAAUCAAGUCUAAUGGAAAUUACUGAAAUGAACCUUUUUUAAAAUAUAAAACACAGAGCAGGCAUCAGUCAUUUCCAUAUGGCAGUAAACAGCUUAUUUUACAGCUUGUCUGAUGUGUAUAAUUCUUCUGCUAGCCAAUAAGCGGAAGGGAUAUUCAUAGCAAAGGUUUCCAUAUUAAUGUAGAGUCGUUCAGAUUUAUUCAUUUUGGAUAUUUGAUUAAAAAUGCUAUAGUGUUUAAGCUUAAAUGAACCAACCCCGAUUUGAUCUGCCUACUCAGAUGCGGGGCUUGACUCGGCUAUGGAAAUUAAUGCGAUGGCGCACCUUUGUUAAUUUUGCAAUUAACAGAUGCUGGAAUCAAUAUAAAGGAAACGUACCAAUCUAGGGGAGCAAAGGGGAGCUAUGUUCAGCUCUGUGUAACUUGGAGGAUGCAGUGCACCAUGGGAUGUGAAAAGGAACUCAGUUUAGGUUUACGUUUUAAUGGAGGCAGUUUAACCUGGGCCAUGUAGCUAAAUAUGGCCACCAGAGAGCGUCUCCCGAGCGCCUCCAUUCAAAAGCCGCCAUUUCUGUUGGUCCUUCGGUCUUUGCUCCUGGCAGAGAAACCCUUUUCUAAAAUGUCGUCGUUCUCCCAUUAUACUGGCAUUAAGAGACUCGUGAAACGAGUCGCGUUGUAGAACGCUAAGGAGAUAACGAGCGGUGGUGGCGUACAGCCGACCUUUUCUUCCGUUUUACACGCGCCCUCUGUUGCAGCGGUAAUUGGAUCCAACGGCGGUAAUGCGCGGCGCCAAGGAUGAGGCGACGUAGUGCGUUUGCAUUCUAGCUGUUGCAUUUCCUGUGCCGUACGCCAGCGAAGCGAAGGACGAUUCCCAUGGGGACCUCUUGCAGUCUACACGCAGUCAAAGAUGGAUAGUGGAGAGUGCUCAACAGCACCCCCUCCAGGGUGGGGUGUAUCAGUGUUGUGAUGUUUGCUCUUACUCCCAAACAUAUUGAGUUUCCUCUGGCUCCAGUGAGAACUCUGUCUCCCACCGCCUGCUUACCAAACACCAGCAUCCAUAAUUAGCCUUUAUUCCGUAUUGGGGGUGGGGGGGAAUGAUUUGGAAAACAGGCUUAGGAAACGAAAUGACAUGCAACAUUUAAUCCGAGUGCUCUUUUCCCUAAGGCGCUCUUAUUACGCUCGUACUGAGGGGAGCAUGCCGUAGCAACGCAAUUCAGGGGGGUCGCGGCACGACUCGCCCACCGCCGACUCGCACGAGGGAAUGGUCAGUCUCCACAGCCCUUUGAGGUCGCAGAUUACGAGAUCACGUCCGGUACCUUCUGAUGCAUGCUGUAUAUUUUGCGCACUUCCGAGCAAACCUUAAGAUAAGACGCACAUUAAGCGUCGCUGCAUAAUUACACCGGAGUGGUCUGUCAGAUUGCUAUCUCUUAGCAGCCACCUUCACCUGAGGCGCCUUGCCUAGUUAAUAGCGUUAGACUGUAUCCAUCUGUACCGGGGUGAUUAAAGUCACUAGUUCAGCAGUAGUCAUUUUAGGAUUCCUUCGUUACCUCCCACCCACCCACCCUUCUAAUUCCUUAACCACAAAUUUGCUCUGAUACCCAGGCUUAUGAGAUGAUCGGGUCUUUCGGGAGGAUUUCCGUUUUGCACAUGCCAACACUGCGAGGAUGGGUUGCAUAAAUAACAGCAGCCUGACGUCAAUCCAAUCUGUCGGUUUCUCCUUUCACACUUAGAAGAAGCUGAUUUUCUGCGUGUGUGUGUGUGUGUGCUGGGUGUCAUGAAUCAGCUGACUGCUUUUGUAAGAAUAAUCCUAAGAGUUUGUUCCCUGUAGAAAAAACUGUGACAACCCCUGAUUUGACUAUGUAUGUGCUAAGUAUUACAUAUCAGUGGGUUGUCUUGUAUGUAGGGCUGGCCCUGAAGAAACAUCGAUAGGAGAGAUCCAGGCAGGAAUUGUUAUCUUUCGGACAUUCGCAUUGUUUUCUUCUUCGACAGUGUAGCAAGUAGAAAGAGUAGGGACGUCUAGUAUUAAAUCAUACAUUAAAUAAAAAGCACAGGGUGAAUUUUACAGCUUCUCUGAUUGGCGGCAAACACGUCAGUGUCAGAUUCUGAAAGGGAAUCGAAAAGUCAAUUCCGCAAAACUGCGAUUCAUCUCAAGCUGAAUGUAUCAGCGAUCGGUCCUGCUGCGGCUUUCAGAUCCGACAAACAAACAAGACAAAAGGGCUCCGUCUAACGGCUCAGGUUUUGGUCAGAAACAUCCACCUUAGUGACACGUUUCUCUACCGUUGAGUUUGAAGGCGGAUUUCAUGUAUUUAAUGAGGUACGUUUUAAUAGCGGUGGUCGUAAGGGGUUGGGGAAGAGAUAAACCGUUGGAGAGAGACUACCUGAUAUGGCAGGAUCUGUUGGGUCAUUCUUCAGAGUCACCCUGCACCCAAAAAUAGCAGGUGGUAAUUGUCAAAGAUAUGGAAGCGUCCUGCUAAUGGCUGCGAGUGAAGAGCUAAUUAAAGAGAACUGUUGCUCAGAGAUGGAGGGAAGAUGAGCUUGCAGUGGGGAUUAAUGCUUCCUGUUUAAUUGUUUAAGGUAAUUUUUAUGAAGAGGACUCUGGCAGACGUCCCUUCUUCAAAAAAGGGUGCAACUGACUCCAGCAGAAAGGGGGCGGGGGAGAAUUUGGUGGGUCUGUGACAGCAGGGAACUAGGCUGUACGGAAACCCCUCGAAAAUCAAUAGGAUGCUCAGGGUACCAGGCACAGCGAUGUCACAGAGGGUGCCGGAUUUCUGACCCUCACCCGUCGGCCCAUGAUGGCCACCGGUGAGG